AAUAGUAUUUUUUUAUCUACUAAAUGCCAAAAACAGCUGAUUAUGUGUUUUUUCCUCUGAUGCUUUUAACGUUAACUCGAAGAUGCCUUCAAGAAAUGAAAAUCUUGCAGAUUUGAUGUUAUUAGCGGGCGUCCUUUCAAGUGAAAUAUUUUACUAAAAUCCUUGGAGGAACUAACUUUAAGAUGGGGGAGCCGACUCGCCCGGUGCCCCGGGAGCCCGACUACGAGCGGCAGUUCCAGGAGGACCUGGAGCGGGCCCUGUCGCUCAGCCUGGAGAGCCUCGCGCUCGACAACUUCCGCCUGAAGAGACGGCAGAACUGCAGCAGCCCUUCCGGCGCAGGAAGUGGCGGCACUGCGGACCGGGCGCCCGCCGCGGAGCGAGUGGCGAAGGUUGACCUGAAGUCUCGACCCCGGCCCGGCUCGUUCAACACGGGCGGGUCCCGCCUCUCCCAGAUGAUAGCCCCGCCCCCGGCAGUGCAGCGGCGGGGGAGCUCCGCCUCUUCCACCUUGUCGACCCCGGAGCCCCCGGAGAGCGACCUCAUCAGCUUCAACUGCCCGUGCCCCGCGGAGAGGAGGAAGCACACCACCACUGUGCUGCUGAACGAGCCUCGCUACGGGGCGACCCUCCCGUACAGGGGCGGGGUCCUCCACAUCCCCCCCGGCUGCACGGACUACAAGUACGCGGGUGCCACGCCGCCCUACAGCGCACGGCCGAGCUUGUUCCUGCCCCACGUGUCCAGCACGAGCGUGGGGGGCGGGUACCGGACCAUCGUCCCCGUCAACACCAGCGCCUACCCGCUGCCCGUGGCGGAGACCGCUGGCGAGCCGGUGGUGCCGAGGCUGCCCGAGAAGAGGGACGACAACAACCUGAUAGAUCUGACCCCGUUCGACCAGCCGAGCCUCGGAGACGCGUCGUCCUCGCGUGUCAGUGUGCUGGAAGCCUUCGACCCGCUGCUCAAUGCAGACCAGCCGGCACUGGACGCUGCUAGCGUCAUAACCAAAGAUGCAGACGAGGUGGAUUCCCAGUGGUCGGGCAGCGUGUACGACCCCUACGACCCGUUCGACUACAUGUACGCGCAGAGCGGGGAGGGCUCGCAGUGCGACCCCGUGUACGCGGCGGUCGUGAAGGAGCGCAGCGCCCCGCUGAGCCCCUGCACCCCCCCUCCGCUGCCACCGCGCAACUCGGCGGCCUGGAGCACAAUCGAGAGGCGGCGGUCUUCCCUCGACAGGAAGCACAAAGUGAAGAGCAGGCUGUACGAGAACGUGAAGCUGGUGAAGCAGAAGGGAGAGACGGGAGCGCUACACGAUCCAGACCUGCAAGCCUUCUACAAGAUGGUCAGGUCUGUCAGAGCGGAGUUCCCGCAUGACGACCCGCUCAGCAACCCGGGCAUCGUGACCAGUCCCAUCAUCGAGAGCUCCUGCGUCACGGAGACCAGCGUGAAGCUGGUGGUGCACUCCGAGGAGGGAGGCGGUGCCGUCACGUUCACCUGCGAUCUGGGCUCGACGGUGGAGCACGUGGUGCUGCACGUGGUGUGUGAGCUGGAGGGUGACCUGCGCCGCCCCGCCGCCGACUACCUGCUGAAGGUGCACGGGCUGCAGGAGUUCCUGGUGCCCGAGACGAGCCUGGCCGACUACGAGUACGUGCACCAGUGCACCAAGCUGGAGCGCGACGUGGAGCUGUGCCUGGUGCCUGCCGCGCGGCUGGGGCGGCCGCUGGCCCGCACGGCACAAGACGACGUCAGGGACUCCGCCCUGAAGCUGCAGGACUUGCUGCCCAACGAACCGGUCGAUCCGAUGUCGUACGAUUCUUUGAUGAUACUCUUAGAGACCAUGGAGCAGGAGAUGGAGCGGGCGACGCAGGCGACUGGCGUGCCGGGCGCGACCGUGCGACCCGAGCGCGUGGUGCAGGGCGUCAAGGCCAUCUGCGCGCUCAUGGGCAGCGUGGAGACCACGGACAUCAGCGAGGCCGUCGAGGGCCUCAGGAGGGCGUGCCAGCAGCUCGCGGCGCCCGCCCCGCCCUUCACGGCGCUGGCAGAGGGCACACCGUGGCUGGGCAUCGCGAGCGAGUCGAAGGACUACUGCAACGUAACGCUGAAGCGGCCGGAGCUCUCAGCGCGAGACACCAUCGCGGCCCACUGCGACAGGAUCCGGGACUCCGUGCAGGGACUCAUAGAGACGUACUGCCAGGCGUUCAGGGUGGACUUCCAGCUGCAGUCCAGGGCUGAGAUGCCUGCAAACAAGCGGCAGAGCUGCGACGUGCUGGACUCGGUGCUGGUGCACGUGGGAGCGCUGCACCGGCCCCUGCAGGGCUGGACGCACAGCGACUUCGUGAUCGCCGGCCAGAUCUACCACGGCACGCGCCCGGUCGGCCAGCCGGCGCUCUGCCGGCCGGUGCUGCGCUCCAGGGGCUUCUACGACCGGGUGGUGUUCGACUUCUGGCUGAACUUCGAGACGACGAGCGUGUGCAUGCUGCCUCGCGAGUCGCGCCUGGUGCUGGUCCUGUACGGCCGCACCGAGCUGCCGCCCGAGACGGACUCCAAGGAGGAGCGCGGCGAGCCUCGCAUGCUGGAGGUGGAGCUGGGCUGGGCCGCGACGCAGUUCUUCAACUACGAGGGGGUGAUGGCCCAAGGCAGCUACCUGCUGUCGCUGUGGCCCGCGGUCGCAGACAAGCGCCUGGGGCCCGCCCCGGCUCCCGGCACCCACCCGCACGGGGACAGCGACCCCGUCCUCUGGGUGGAGUUCCCGGACUACGGGGGCUGCACGGUGUUCCCCUCCACGAAGAACUGCGGGCUGGCGCCGACGUGCGACUUCAACAGCCUGGACCCCAACACACAGCAGCAGCUGCUGGACAUCACGGAGCAGGACGCCUUCACGAGGCCGCUGGUGGAGGACCGCGAGGUGCUCUGGGAGAAGAGGCACUACCUGCACGACCGGCCCGGGGCGCUGCCCAAGGUGCUGCUGGCCGCCCACAGCUGGGACUGGGCCUGCCUGCGCGACCUGCACGCCACGCUGCACAGCUGGAGCCCGCUGCCGCCCGUGGGCGCGCUGCAGCUGCUGCUGCCCUGCUUCCCCGACGCGGAGGUGCGGCGCAUGGCGGUGACGUGGAUCGGCGCGACGCGCAGCGACGAGCUGGUGGACCUGCUGCCCCAGCUGGUGCAGGCGCUGAAGAGCGAGACGUGGGAGGCGUCGCCGCUGGCCCAGUUCCUGCUGCGCCGCUCGCUGGGCUCCCCGCGCGUCGCCCACCACCUGUACUGGCUGCUGGUGCAGGCGCUGCCCGGCCAGUUCCCGCAGAACUCGUCGGAGCAGCAGGGGGAGGACGACGCGUCGCUGAGCGCGGCUCGCUACCACCGCCGGCUGCAGCUGAUGCUGCGAGCGCUCCUGGCCACGACGGGGGAGGCCCUCCGCCAGCGCUUCCUCUCCCAGCAGCUGCUGGUCAGGAACCUGUACGAGGCGGCGGAGAGCGUGAAGGCCACCAAGGAGGCGCUCCGGCUGACGAGGCUGACGCAGGAGCUGGAGCCGAUCCACCACGCGCUGCACGAGUCCCCCACCUGCCUGCCGCUCAGCCCCAGCCUGGAGGUGGGGGGCCUGCUGGUGCGGGGCUGCUCCUACUUCCCCUCCAACACCCUGCCCCUGCGGCUGGCGUUCCUCAGCCCCUCGGGCGCGCUGGUGCCCGCCAUCUUCAAGGUGGGGGACGACCUGCAGCAGGACAUGCUGGUGCUGCAGAUGGUGCGGAUAAUGGACAAGCUCUGGCUGAAGGAGGGACUCGACCUCAAGAUGGUGACCUUCUCCUGCGUCCCGACCGGCCACAAGAGAGGCAUGAUCGAGAUGGUGACGAAUGCGGAGACGCUGAGGAAGAUCCAGGUGGAGCUGGGGCUCACCGGCUCGUUCAAGGACCGGCCAAUAGCAGAGUGGCUGGCCAAGCACAACCCUUCCACGCUGGAGUACGAGCGGGCGGUGGAGAACUUCACAGCAUCAUGUGCCGGCUACAGCGUGGCGACGUACAUCCUGGGCAUCUGCGACAGGCACAAUGACAACAUCAUGCUGAAGACAUCUGGCCACUUGUUCCACAUAGACUUCGGCAAGUUUCUGGGUGACGCUCAGAUGUUUGGCAACUUCAAGCGAGACCGGACGCCGUUCGUGCUGACGUCGGACAUGGCGUACGUGAUAAACGGAGGUGACAAGCCGUCGGCCAAGUUCCACCACUUUGUGGAUCUGUGCUGCCAGGCCUUCAACGUCGUGAGGAAGCACGGCAACUUGCUGCUCAACUUGUUCUGUCUGAUGGUGUCGUCUGGCAUCCCGGGCGUGACGAUGGAGGCGGUGAGCUACGUCCAGAGGGCGCUCUCCCUGGAGCUGUCGAGGCCGGAGGCGGCGGCCAUGUUCGCUCGCAUGAUCGAGGGCUCGCUCAAGUCGUGGUUCACGCAGUUCAACUUCUUCCUGCACAACCUGGCGCAGCUGCGGUUCUCGGGCGACCACGACGACGGCGAGCUGCUCAGCUUCAUCCCGCGCACCUACACGCUGCAGCAGGAGGGGCGUAUCCGCAGCGUGGCGAUGCACGGCUACCAGAAGCGCUACGACCCGGAGAAGUACUACGUGUACAUCCUGCGGGUGGAGCGGGAGAACCAGCCGGACCCCGUGUACCUGUUCCGGUCGUACAAGGAGUUCUGCGAGCUGCACCAGAAGCUGUGCAUCCUGUUCCCGCUGGCCAAGUGCUCCAGCCUGCCGAGUGGCAUCUCCAUCGGCCGCUCCAACAUCAAGCAGGUGGCGGAGAAGCGGCGGGGGGACGUGGAGCGCUUCCUCAACUCGCUGUUCGCCAUGGCCGACGAGAUAGCGCACUCCGACCUCGUGUACACGUUCUUCCACCCGCUGCUGCGCGACCAGCAGGAGGAGAUCAACAUCUACGCCACCAAGGUCCGAGAGCGCAAGAGCCGGCAGCAGUCGGGCGGCGAGGCGCACCUGAUCCGCGGGCAGCUGAAGCUGUCGCUGCAGCACUCGCGCGGGGCACUGCAGGUGAUGGUGCACCACGCCCGGGGGCUGCCGCUAGUGGCGGGCGGCCAGGAGCCCAGCGCCUACGUCAAGGUGUACCUGCUGCCCGACCCCGCCAAGCUCACCAAGCGCAAGACCCGGGUGGUGCGGCGCAACUGCCACCCGUCCUUCAUGGAGACGCUGGAGUACCGCUCGCCGCUGGAGGCGGUGAGACGCCGCGUGCUGCAGGCCACCGUCUGGAACCACGACUCGCUGCAGGAGAACGAGUUCCUGGGCUGCGUGGCGCUGCCUCUGGAGUCCAUGGACCUGUCCUCGGAGACCACCGAGUGGUACUCGCUCGGCAACAUGGUCUCGCGGUGACACCGACACUGCCAUCUCUUGCCGACCAACACAUUACUCAGUAGUCAAUUACCGUUAUAAUCACUUUUUUUUGUUUCUCAACGUAAUCAUCACCAAUAUUCAUGCAGGCAUCCCACUGUUAUACAUCAGUGCCGCAAUACCGGCCAGGCCACAGUAGGACACGCUGCUGUUUUGUCGUACAAUCUUCCAGCACCGCCGAAUGCUACCGUGUCUUUACGACACGAAUAUCGUAAAGCUGGAUGAUGCCGCCAUCUUUUAACGUUCUUGGAAAGUGCUUGCUGUCGCUCCGAGACGACUGAAAAAAAAAAAUUUUUUGUGAUCUUUGAAGACUAUCCUCGUAAGUGAAUAGAAUUUAGGUCUCGCGUGUGUUCAGCUAAUGGUGUGUACACUGUAUAAUAUUUGUGAUACGACAUACAGGUGAACCCUUAUGUUAUUCGUUAGCUGACAGGAAAAAAAAUUGAAUCUAAAAAAAGGUGGAAUUAUAACAUAUUUCAGUGUUUUUUUUUUUUUUUUUUUUUUUUUAUUACAGAUAUGUUGUACAAAAUUGAUCACAGUAUUAAUAGAAAUUUUUUGCUCUCGUAUUUUAUGUCCUAGGUAAACGUUUUUGCAAUGUUACUUCAUGUUUAAAAAAGUGAAAAUUUUUUAUUUAAUUUUUAAAUUUUGAUGCAGUUAAAAAGAUGUUAACUUAUUUCAUAUGGUACUACUAUCAGUAUUUGUGUGGUAACUUACAUUUUCACUGCACAUCUCAAAGCAACCUUGGUGGAGUUACCUAAGUGGAGCACCACUUCCACAGAGUGAUUAGCGAGAAGCAUCCAGAACUUUGGCGAGGGGGGGUUUCUAAAGUGGGGGAACCUACAUUUUAGAAAUCAUUUUUGUGUACCGGCAAAUGCUUUUUGAAUUUUUAGAUACAUAACAUAAAUGUUCCAACCAAUAUCCUCAAUAAAUCAUAAUUAUAUUAAACAGGAAUAUGCAAAAGUGAUAUUUUCACAAUCAUUAAUAUAUAUAAUAUAUAUAUGUGUAUAUAUUACACAAUGCCACAUAGAAUAAUUUUGUAAUAACUAAUCCCAUGCUUAGUCCACAUCUCCUUCUCGUUAGUGCACACUAAACAAUUAAUGACGGGAAGGGGUGGGAACAUUUCGUGAACUGUGAAAUAAUGCAAAAUCCAAUCCAUUUUAAUUGUAAGAGGCAGGAACUAGCGACCUUUCAGUUCUUUAUUUUUUACUGGUUCUCGGUUUAGUUCCUAAACAUUGGUUCUUGUUUCUAGGUUUAUCACCACACCAAAGAUACAGUAUGGCCUGAUAGAGGGUGGGUUUAAUUGUUCAAUAUGACUUAUCAGUGCCCCACUUUACCGUAAUCCUACCACAAUCCCUAACACCUCACUAGAUGGCUCUACAUUAGCACAGAACCUGCAUGUUGUGGUGCAGCAAAAUAUAUUAAUAUGUACGUAGUAACAACAGUAUCUUUGCUGAGUCAAUAUUUAAUUUAGGCACAUCAAUAAAAAAUUUCUUGAGAAAGAUUUAAAUAACUGUUCACAACGGAUUAAAUAAAUUAUAAAAACUAAUAUGUCAGUAAAGUUAUGUAUUUAUUAUGAUGGGUGAGAGAUAUAACACUCAAGUUAACAAAGGUCUUUGAAAUGAGUAUACACACAAAUGUUUUGUUUUUUUGAGUUAAAAGUGAUACAGUGCUGCAAAAGAGGUAACCUUUAUACAGCACAAAGCACUCUUUUGUUUACGUUCUGGCGAAUCCUGCUGGUGACAGUAUCUGUCGUCUGGUUGGGUCUGGCCAGGAAGGAGGGGGGGGGAGAGAUACGCCUUACGCUGUCGCCACCGGCCAUUUCCCAAAAUUUACGAACCUUGACAAUCACUUGUCAUACCGGGGGAGGGGGGGGGGGGUUUAAAAGAAAGUUAGUGUACGUCGGUCACCCACAAUUACGUCAUGUCAUAGAACCGGAAUGCUAUUGAUGUAUCUUCACCGGGAAAUAUUUGAUGGAUAUGCUUUCCAUGAUGUUACUUGAAUGAUACAUACGGCAGAACCAAGAUCUGGGACUGACACAUCACUGGCAGGAAUCCACAUGAACGUUACGUUUACAGUGUUUUUUUUUUUUGACGCGAUAACGUCUUAUAAAUCGAUGAACGCCGGCUGCUCGCACGAAAAAGCAUGACUCAUUAUCACGUUCCCGCCUGAGCCGAGCGUGCAAGAACCGGCCAACCACUGUGCGAGAAAAUCUGCUAUAAUAUCAAACAGGUUAAGGCGGGCUUUUUAACUAAUUUUUUGUGAUUAUAUUUAAACAAAUUAUUUAAAUUAAAUUUGCAAAAACUGUAAAUAAUAUUUAAAACUAUGCAAUAUUUCAUCAAUGUUUUUUUAUGACGUUAUCACGUAAAAUUAUCAUCCGUAAACCGACUUUACAGACAAACCCCCCCCCCCCCCUCCCCCUUUUUUUUAAUUUGGCAUUCUGCACCAUGCAUGAACCAGCAUGGAUCUGUAUGCCUUUUUUUUUUACCAUUAUGGCAACCAUCUUAUUAAAACAAGCGUACUUUGGUAAUUUGUUCUGCGGUUGCUAUAGGGAACAAAUUUCAGUGGAGAUGGUCUUUGUGCAUGAUUUGCUAAGAGAAAUAGCUGUUUAGCAGUUAGUCAUUGCAGGACUUUUACACUGGAAAUAGUUGCUUUGGUGCUCCUUCAUACAGCAAACAUCAAAUGUAUGUAUUGCAUUUACCAAGAAGCUCAGAACCAGAUUAGGGAUAAAUGUCAUUUGAUUUUUUUUGUCACAUGCACUUUGCUUUCCUUCAAUUUGUUCAGGUAAAAGGUCAAAUUCAUACUACAUUCUACAUUCUACAUACUACAUACAUGUACUACAUACUACAUUCAUUCGUACUACAUUCUAAUGAUAAAUUUGCAUGAGGAUAGUAGAUGUAUUGGACAAUGACUUUUGUAAAUUCUAUGUGUUUUAUGAAGUUUGUAAUUUACAGCCUAGCUGUACAUAGUUCUGUGCUUGAAUUUGGUUAAAAAAAUGUAAAAAGCAAAAACUUUUUAUAAUGUUUUAUAAAACAAUUGCUACGUAGCCCAUUAGUGACAAUAUUUUAUUUUGUGUUAACUUUAAUGCCUGUUUAUAAGUAUUAUGUGUUUUUUUAAUAGCCUUCUAAAUUGAGAUAUGGCAUAACUAUAACUAUUAUUGUAAGCUGCUACUGUUGAAAAUAUAAAACAGAUACAUUGCGCUCUUAGGUCAUACAAUUUGUAAUAUUGAUCACAUAUUUGUUGGAAUAAGAUUGUAGAUAAGAUCCAAUUAUUUUGUUACAGUGAUUAUUAUUAUGUAAUAAUUAACACACUGUUUAGUUGCAAAAUCAUUUCGAUUUUUCAAGGUAAUGGUAAUAUACAAUCACUGCUAUUUCUCUGCCUGCCACAUGAGAGUUGAACCAGUCAAUAAUAACUGUAGAUUGGAACAUGGUUUAUAUUAUAGGUAAAUACAUAGUAAUUAAACAAAUUCAUGUGUGUAAAACUUGUGGUGAAUUGUUUUAUAUUGAACAAGUUUCUUUGGUAUCACUAUUUUAUGUAAAUGCAUAUUUAUAAUGACUGUAUGCCUUUUGGUUUAAAAAAAUCUUCCCUUUCACUAUAUGGUGACUAAAAACUGUAUUUUGCUUUAUUUAUAUUUUAAUUGUUGUUAGGUUUUUAGGUAAUGCUUAAUUUGUUCUUGCCAUCAACUUCUGAUAACAAUGUUUGUAUUAAAUUUCAUUUGUAUAUUUUGUAAUGCAUGUCUUGCUUGGGACCAUGUGAAAUCAGACAUUUACAUUUAAAAGAAUGUUAGUGAUUUCCAGGGACAAGAGUUUAUGGUGUGUCGUGAUGAAACCAAAAUAACACUAUACACUACAUAACCCUGAAAUUAAAGUUUAUGCAACAUAAAUAUAAUUAAAACUAAGCAUUUUAACAAAAUUGAAUUAAAAUAUUUUUUAUGCAUAUUUUAUCCAUUGAAUAUAAUUUAUCCAGCACAAAUUUUAUACCAAAACAAAUUGACCAAAUGAAUGGAAUUUUUUUUUUUUUUAAUUUGUUUUAUUUUGAAUCUGUUACUAAUUACAUUAUCUGAACAUUUUUCAAACACACAAAUUCUUGGUGAUUUAUUUUUAAUGUUCCAAGAAAUUCUGUUGUUUUGUUUUGUUGUAAAUGGCGUUGUGCAUCUCAGUCAGAACUAUACAGUUUUGGUGAAAUAAAUAUUAAAAAAAUUUAAAGUCAUAUUUGUUGAAUAAUUUACUAUUUUUAUGGAAAAUCUGAAAUUAAUUUUUUUUAAAGAACUGAAUCUCCGUGUUUUAAAACUCAAACUGACAAAAAAAAAUAAAACCAUGAAAUCUUGUCUCUAGUUUUUGGUGAGUUUUCAUGAGUGCUUACAUCACUUUUAUCCUUUGACUAGGCCUGUGUGAAUAUUGGUAUUUUCGAAUAUCAAAAUGAAUAGUUUAUUAUUCAUAUUCAAUUUUAAAAACUUACACUUAAAAGAAACGAGUAUUCAGUCGUUUACUAAUACACCUGUGCGGGAUCUGGAAAGUCUGGAAACAUUUCAGGAUCACAGAAGAUUUUCUCAUCUGGGCACAUAAAUUUUGAGAAGACUUAAUACUACAUAUAGUAGAGCCGGAUGACUCGCAGCAAAGACUCCUAUUGCCUGACCACCUUCGACAAUGUUUUCCUUGUGGAUAAUACACAGUGAAGGAUGAUGUGAUGAAGGCUCACACACUCGCACUCCUAGCGCAGUGACAGCUCAGGCAAUUAUCUUGUCACUCAUGCAUGGCCCAAAGAAAAAGUCACAAUUAGAAGGGGGGGAAAAAAACUUUGCCUCUUUUACCAAGCACACAUACACCGGACAGAAAAAGAGAGGUACAUUCUAAGCAGCUUCCAUUCUGUGUUCAUACACUUUAGUUAUAACAAACCACAAAAUAUAAUCCAUAAAUGUUAAUAUAAAUAAUUAUUUAUUUUCAAAUAAUGAAAAAUAUAAAGAAACAUGUUUUAAAUUAUUUAUCAGACCUAUUCAUAUUAAACUAUAGAUUGAAAUUGCUCACUGCACAUGCUUUUUAAACCCACCAUCUUGAAGUUUCUUCACACAUACUGCCAUUGCCUUAUGUAUUCGCUUUGCACUGUUUAUUAAAAAAAUUUUUUACAGAUUCUAUAUUGAUUACCAUGAAAAAUAAUUAAUAUUGCAAGAAAAUUUACCUAUAGUAAUUGUAGCUGACAACUUAACACAGCCUUUCACUAUGGUAUGAUUUACCCUAUCUAAUUUCCCAGAAGCCACUACACUACACAUUUACUUUUUCUUUCAAUAUGUACAUAGUUGUUAUAUGUGAAAAAAAAAAAAUUUGUGGGAUUAUGAUUCAUACUACCUAUUCUAAUUCUAUAUUUGUAUUUGAGAAUAAUUUGAUAUUGGUUUUGGUAUUUGAUUGGAACUGAAAAGCUGAUGUCCUCACAGGCCCACCUCUGACCUCCGGGCUGCGGUGGUAGUGGUCGUAUUGUGCCCUCCCGGUGGCUCAAACCACACUUCUCGCGAGCAAACAUGGAGGGCGUAUUCUUAAUGUGGUUCUGCUACUUCAUUCCUUUUCUCUUCCACCUCAUCGCUUCACCACUCGCCUGCCUCGGAGGUUCUCAAUGUCACGGACACGUUCGAUCCUUCUCUCCCUUGCGGGCGUAGGCAUCUAGUUCCAUACCCACAACUGUGUUCCCUGUCAUUGAUGGUCUUACAUAUUCAGAUGAUUAUCACAGACGCUUCACUGAUUGUGUCGUGCAUCACACGGACAGUGCAGAGAGAGAAACAAUACAUACUGCAGUAAGAAUCAUCGCUACUACUUUCUAAGGAAAAGUGGUUGGGUAUCUCAGGACCCAUCAAAUUCAAUAAUUCAAAUUUAGAAAUUUCUUAAAAUUUGUUAUAUUUUGAUUACCAUGGGCAUAGAUUCUGGGGGGCCAGGGGGCAGGUGAAUUAAGACGCCCCUCACUAGGGGGGGCCUGCCUACAUUUGCAAGAGCGUGACGGGUUUGAUUUCAAAACUAUGUCUUUAUGUAUAUUUUUAAGUUUUCUGCUUAUUCCAUGCAUGUAGGCCAAAGUAUGGGCAGUGCACAACGUACAAGAACAGUGUUCAGAGAUGACGUGUGGUUACCACCCCGUGGGUCCCCCUUGCGAACACUUCAGAUUUACGCACCUGUUGAUUACUAUGACUGUCACUUUGUAGCAACGCAGUUUUACAAUCUACAGUUUAAACUUCUUCAUAGUUAAUAUCAAAUUUUAUAUUUUUUAAAUCAACUGAAUUUAAAAUACAUUAUUGUUGCACCCAUUACCAAGAGAAUGAUAAUGUUUAAAUUUGUGAAGAAAAAAAAUUGUUGUAAUUUAAUUUUGCCUAAUAGUGUAUGUUUUCUGUACUGAGACUAAACCAACGUGUUAAUUCUCCUGUUAAGUUUUUUUCCUGUCAUUAAUUGGGGCUCUAAUUAUCACUUAUAGUUUGUUUUGAAUUCUGUAAUAGUGUAGUACUAUUAGUAAUGUAAUAUAAGUUUGUACUCUUAAAUAUCAUUCUGUGCCUUCUGUUUCAUAAGAAAAAGCAGUUUCUUUAGGCACUAAUUAUAGUUACCGGUUACCAUUAGUAGAGAAGAAUAAAGUAUUUCAAGCAACCUUUUUUUGCUUUGGGCACCUAUAUCAGUGCUUUAACAUUUAUAAUACAUUUUAUAUAAUGUGUGAUUUGUGUAUGUAAUGUAAAAUACUCAUUGUAUUUAAAUAUUUUGUAUAUAUUCUUAUGGUUUUAUAUUUAAAAUUUCAUUGUGUGUGAUGUAUACUCUAAACCGUUUAAUGUAGACUUAUGAAUUGCUGUAGCACAUACAAUAUUACUGUUAAAAACGUAUAGUAAAUGCAAAAAUCAAUCAUCAAUUGUGUAUUCAUGUUGAUAAUUUAGACACUGAUGUUGUGAUGUAUUUAUUUUUUUUUGUGUCUGGUGCAUUAAGCUUUGGCAGGGCCAUAAUUUGAAUUAUUAUGAGUGUAUUUUAUUUACUGUUUUUGGGUCAAUACUUCGAUACUGUAUACAAAUGUUGAUACUGCUAUUAUCUCAUUAAUUAAUCACACAUUAAAAAGGGUUCGUGGUUUAAAUUGUGCAACACACAAAGUAAGGACUGUUGUUGGAUUCCAGAUUGUAUUGCAUUUGAGUGACUUGAUGUGACAGCUGGGCCGCACGCGGGAAGCCUUCAUUUCACAGACGAGAGAGCCACACCCGAAGUUCCCCGAAGUUCAUGCUCGCUUUUUUUUUCCGUUCCAUCUCAUUUUAUAAACCGAUGUGGCAUUAAAUCUUGCGGUCGAUUAGGAUAGGUUAGCUACAUUAUAGAUACUAUAAAACAUUGUGGAUGGUUGGUUGUAUUAUGUAAGUAUAUAGCUACAUUAAAAAUACUGUAAAAUCAUUUUAUGGUUGCCUAGAAAAUAACUUUUUAAUAUGUAGCUAUCCAGCGCUAGGAAACCAUUUACAUGAUUUCACAGUAUCUUUAAUGUAGCUAUCCUAACCAAAUCAACCGUCCACAAUGUUUUAAAGUAUUUAUAAUGUAGCUAAACUAACCUUUUACAAUGAACAAAAAAAAACCUGAAGAUGCACGAUCAGGCGUUUGGCUCUCUCAUCUGUGAAAAGAAGGCUUCCCAGCCACACGUAGCGUGCCUAGCGGACUGAUGGACCGGUACCGUGCAUGAAGGUGUUAGAGAGAGUGCCACCAGACCUCGUGUUCUCAGCCGGGCGAGAGUGUGCCCUUGUAUUGAGAUGUCUUUCAUGUGUACAUUUAGUGGCAAGAAACCAAAUUUCUAGUACAUGUUUAUUGAGAUUUGUUAUUCCACUGCUUAAAGAAAUGAAGAGUGAAGUUAGAGGUUUAUAGAUUUGCUUGGCUUCUGGGUAAGCAGUUGUUGAUACCUGAUGAUUAGAGACCGGAAAAAUUCGCGAAUUCCUUUCGAGACAGGCUGGAAUCCAAACUCGUUUAGCUUAAUACUGCGUCAGUGAUUGGACUGCAAUUUACCUGAAGGACUCUGAGCCAAUGGCAAACACUCAACAAAACAAGUAUCGAAUCAUAAGAAUCGCAGUAAACAGGUGUCCCGAGUCGGUAGCCAAUGACCAGGUGAUAGUUGCCCAAGUACAUAGAGAAUCGUGGAGUCUAUCCUAGUGGUCAUUGAAACCGCGAAUUUUUCCAGUCCCUACUGAUGAUAGCGACUGCAGCGUCAACCCAAGCGUCGGUCGCAGCUACAACCCAGAAGCCAAGCAACUCCAGACAGUGACCGUGAAAGCCUAAGAUAUUUAUUAGAGUUUCAUAUUUUAUAGUUAUGCGCAGACAGGAUAAAUGUGGUGGAGUUCAUUAUAGUGAUUGCCUUGGAAUGUUCCAUUCAAAUCAUCAUGCCAAACGCACUUUAUGAGAAAGUAAAGUAUUGGGUAGGGUUCAAAGAUACUACUAAAAAUCUCUUUGGUUCAUGUUAAGUAACUGAUGUCUGUAUUUUUACUUCACAACAUUAUCUUUUGAAUGAUUGAUGACAUAGAAAAUAGUUUAAUAAUGUUUACAUACCUACUUAUGGACAAGAUAUACAUCAAUCAGUGAGACACUGCAAUAAUUCAAAAGCAGAGUCGCCUUAACAGUUAAGCAAGAAGUGAAGCAUUAUAGAGGAUAAUUCUCGAUAAAGACACCAGUUGUUUCUGUAAUAGUGAAACAAACAUGUAGUUGUUAAAAAUCAUAAAAAUUUUGGAAAUAUGUUUCCCAGUAGGGGUCUGUAUUGUCAGGAGCAUAGAAUGCUAGGCAUGGUUCACAGUCAACAAGGUGGACACUACCCUCUUCACUACUUGUAACAAGGUGGACACUACCCUCAUCACUACUCGUAACAAGGUGGACGCUACCCUCUUCACUACUCGUAACAAGGUGGACGCUACCCUCUUCACUACUCGUAACAAGGUGGACGCUACCCUCUUCACUACUCGUAACAAGGUGGACGCUACCCUCUUCACUACUCAUAACAAGGUAGAUGCUACCGUCUUCACUACUCGUAACAAGGUGGAUGCUACCCUCUUCACUAUUCGUAACAAGGUGGACACUACCCUCUUCACCACUCGUAACAAGGUGGACACUACCCUCUUCACUACUCGUAACAAGGUGGACACUACCCUCUUCACUACUCGUAACAAGGUGGACACUACCCUCUUCACUACUCGUAAGAAGGUGGACACUACCCUCUUCACUACUCGUAACAAGGUGUACACUACCCUCUUCACUACUCGUAACAAGGUGGCCACUACCAUCUUCACUACUCGUAACAAGGUGGACAUUACCCUCUUCACUACUCGUAACAAGGUGUACACUACCCUCUUCACUACUCGUAACAAGGUGGCUACUACCAUCUUCACUACUCGUAACAAGGUGGACGCUACCCUCUUCACUACUCAUAACAAGGUGGACGCUACCCUCUUCACUACUCGUAACAAGGUGGACGCUACCAUCUUCACUACUCGUAACAAGGUGGACAUUACCCUCUUCACUACUCGUAACAAGGUGGCCACUACCAUCUUCACUACCCGUAACAAGGUGGACGCUACCCUCUUCACUACUCGUAACAAGGUGGACGCUACCCUCUUCACUACUCGUAACAAGGUGGACACUACCCUCAUCACUACUCAUAACAAGGUAACAGCCCAUUUUACAGGAAGAACCUCCAUUACCUCUGUUUUCAUUUUAACAUUAUGCCUCUUCACUGCACAGAAUAGUGUUAUCUGUUGCGUGUUGAUAGACGCUUUGUGUGUUGUACAUUAUGCACACUGUUAAUGUAAGAUAUAUUGUACACUUGAAGCAUAUUUAUAAAUGUCUGAAAUUUUUGUACUUUUUACUGUAUGAGUAGGAAAUAUAUUGCUUAACAAUAAAAUACUCUUGGUUGUUAACGAAA